AUGUACGGCAAAGGCAAGAGCAACAGCAGCGUCCCGUCCGACAGCCAGGCUAGGGAGAAAUUAGCACUGUAUGUAUAUGAAUAUCUGCUCCAUGUAGGAGCACAGAAAUCAGCCCAGACGUUUUUAUCAGAGAUAAGAUGGGAAAAAAACAUCACACUGGGGGAGCCCCCAGGAUUCUUACAUUCCUGGUGGUGUGUAUUUUGGGAUCUUUACUGUGCAGCUCCAGAAAGACGAGAAACAUGUGAACAUUCAAGUGAAGCAAAAGCCUUUCAUGACUAUAGUGCUGCAGCAGCUCCCAGUCCAGUGCUAGGAAACAUUCCCCCAGGAGAUGGCAUGCCAGUAGGUCCUGUACCACCGGGUUUUUUUCAGCCUUUCAUGUCCCCUCGGUACCCUGGAGGUCCAAGGCCACCUUUAAGAAUACCCAAUCAGGCACUUGGAGGUGUCCCAGGAAGUCAGCCAUUAUUGCCUAGUGGGAUGGACCCAACACGGCAGCAAGGGCAUCCAAACAUGGGUGGGCCAAUGCAGAGAAUGACUCCUCCAAGAGGAAUGGUUCCAUUAGGACCCCAGUCUGACCCUUGGUUAUCAUUGCAGAACUAUGGAGGUGCAAUGAGACCCCCACUGAAUGCUUUAGGUGGCCCUGGGAUGCCUGGAAUGAACAUGGGCCCUGGGGGUGGUAGACCAUGGCCAAAUCCAACCAAUGCCAAUUCUAUACCUUAUUCUUCAGCAUCUCCUGGGAACUACGUAGGUCCUCCAGGAGGUGGAGGCCCACCAGGAACACCCAUCAUGCCUAGUCCUGCAGAUUCAACCAACUCUGGAGACAACAUGUACACUUUAAUGAAUGCAGUACCACCUGGACCCAACAGACCUAAUUUUCCCAUGGGGCCAGGGUCGGAUGGACCUAUGAGUGGACUGGGUGGAAUGGAUUCACAUCAUAUGAAUGGAUCAUUAGGCUCAGGAGACAUGGACAGUAUUUCCAAAAACUCUCCCAGUAAUAUGAGCAUGAGCAAUCAGCCUGGCACUCCCAGGGAUGACGGUGAGAUGGGUGGAAACUUCCUAAACCCUUUUCAGAGUGAGAGUUACUCCCCUAGCAUGACAAUGAGUGUGUGAUCCGUU